UGUUCAUGUCGGGGAAUCCAGGGAGGCUGGGAUCGUGCAUGCGUGCCUGCGGGCCGGGGCCUCCUUAAAAAGCCCCGGCCAACAUUGGUGGUGAGAACAGGGGGUGGCCGAAGUGGCUGCGGGCCUGCGAGGAAGUUACCGGGAAGAGACACCGCGCCUGCACCCUCGCCAAUCGAAGUACCUGACCCAUGUACCUUUUUGGACUUGUGCACACUGCACAUCGUUGAUGAAUUUGAGGGAAGCAGCCACACCAACACCAGGCAGGUCAGUCCACAGGAAAGGCGGCCCCGGGUCGCGUCUCUCCCCUUGUCGCCUUUUUUUAGGGUCGUGGAAUCGUGGCUCCAUAAAAAAAAUCUAAUUAAAUUCCCAAUCAUGGCUCAACCCCCCGAAGCUGCCCCGUUGCGACUGCAGUCGUCUCGAGACUCGGCUCCUGCUCAGCCGCGUGUGCAGCCAACAAACCUUGACGCGCUUGUUGAGCAGAAGCAUCCUCGCGACCAGAACCAGCAACCGCACUUGCGACAACACAAUCAGCAGCCACAGGAACAACAUCAAUAUCAUCAUCAACAACAGUAUCAACACCAGCACCAGUAUUACCAACCACAGAAGGCCCCAUUGGGCACGCAUUCACCUGGAGCGCCGCAGUACAGCGACGCGACAACCAACAGCACCGGCAGUGUUGCUCACUCCAACAGCAGUCGGGGCAGGCGAAGCCCCAGCAUUAGCGACGAGAAGGCCAAAGCGGAUGCUGUCUUGCCUGUGGACACCAACCCAGACAAUCACGCGUCGGUUGCACGGUCUAUAGUCCCGGGUCCAGCCGCUCACGGCUCCCUGAACGACACGCAACACAACGGCGGCGUGACAGGACCAGCAGCUCUGUCGGACAUGUCCAACUCGCAACCGGGGCCGGGGCCCGCCCGGCAACCGGUAACAUAUGCGAGCCCGCCAAACUAUCCUCAAGCUGGCAUGUCACCUGUUUCGCACUACAUGUACUCGUCGCAAUCAAUCCCGACCGACCCGUACCGGCCGAACCCGACUACUCUCCCGAGCAUGCGAACCCUCGACCACAGGCAACCACAAGCACAACCGCAACACGGGAUCCCGAUGGGAGCGCACAUGGCGGGCCCAGCAAUGCCGGCACCCGCUCCCGCGCACAUGGGCUACUACGGCGUCCACCCCUCCCACAUGUACGGGCUCCCAGAUCCUAAUGCAAUGCGUUUCGCGCUUGCCCCUGGCAUGGCCCACGAUCCGCGCAUCGCCUUGAGCGGGGGGAGACAUAAAAAGGAGAUCAAGCGGCGAACAAAAACCGGGUGCUUGACAUGUCGCAAACGGAGGAUAAAGUGCGACGAAGCGCAUCCAACCUGCAACAACUGCAAGAAGUCAAAACGUGACUGCCUUGGCUACGACCCUAUUUUCAAGCAGCAACAAGGCCCUGCAGCCAUCCAACCCGCACCGAGCACCCAACCCCCCGCCCCCCCUCCGGCCUCCGUGCCCGCACCCGCCGUUCCGUCCUCGGGCCCGCAUCCGUACCAAACGUCGUACCCGCCUCCCCUCCCUUCGAACAUUGCGCCCGAACCCGUACCAUCCACGGCACCGCAAAUCAUCAAGACCGAGUCCGCCUACGACUACUCGACUGCUAUCGACCCGGCACUGCAAGGGCCCGACAUUGCCGGUUCACGGGCAGCCCGAUACCACCAGAACAACACGGCCCCAGGCACGGGCCAAGGAAUUGGUGACUCGAACGAUUUGCGAGCAAAGAAGAUGAAGGUCGAUGAGCUUAUCGCUCUUGGUGAAGCGCCACCCCAGGCGUCGAGCGCACCGCCGUCCCCCGAGAUGCUCACCGAGAUCACGAAGUUGUAUAACGAGGUCUACUCGCCAGGCCUUUCGCUCUUCUUCGAGACGCGAUGGUAUGACUUCGCAAAACCCCAAGCGAUGACGGCCAAUCCUGCAGCAGCCAUGCUCCACAACAACCAGUCUCUCGUUUCCCUCUUCACUUCGUUUAUCCAGACAAUAUCCAAGAUCGAAAGUAUCAACUCCGACGACAUGAUCUCUUCUGGGCAUCUAGAGUCGUCCGUCGUCUGGUCGCUCGCCCGCCUUCCUCUCUCAAUCCCACUCACCCAACGCCAGCAAUACCCAGAAUCCACACCCCCCGAAGACGACCUCUGGGAGGCUCGCGGUCGUCUGCAGGUUUUUGAGGCGCUCCUAUCGGGUGAAACGCUCGCAGCCAGCCCUGUCUCACCGCCGCCUACUAGCAGCAUCCACCCACUACGCAGAAACGAACUGCAGUUCUGGUAUCAACUUGCUAGAUAUCUCCUACAAGAGAAUGCGUCCGCUUCACCUGCGGAUGUGUCAAGCAGGGAACGUUGCCUGGGUGUGAUGAGGGAUCUCUUGGAUGGUCGUGAGAACCGCGACGUUCUCUACAGCAUCGCGGUACUGAGAGAGUACACGGUGCAUUGGGACGCCUCCUACAGCGAACAAAACGUGCCCUCGCACCUAGAAGAGUCGGACUCUCGGAGUAAGCUCGCCGUCGCGACAAGGUUCAUUCGAGACGAGUCCAACGCAACGGGCGGAACAACCAACGUGGUCCGCCGAUUCGCCCAGCUCGCUUACUGCGCGUUCGUCCGACCAGGCGCCAACGUUAAUAGGAACAUGAGCAGGAAAUAAGAGCGGCGGUCCACAGAUGUGUAUUCGAACACCAUGUUAUACCGGAGCCGGUGGGCUCGUUUUCCUUAUAUAGAGCAAGGAGGAUGGAUAUAUUUGCAUCUGGGGCUUGGGAACACAUCGCGUCGAGUUAGAUAUUCGACGGCAUAUUUGCGUUGCUUGGAUCUGC